UGACGUCACAGGACAUUAUGGCUGCCAGCGGUACAUCAGUGACGGUUCUGGUUCCAAAUGGAAGAAGGCAAACAGUUAAAGUGUCUGCUAACACACCCUUAUUGCAGGUGCUGGAAGACGUUUGCAAGAAACACGGAUUUAAUCCAGAUGAUCACGGUUUGAAGUUCCAGAGGACUGUUGUUGACCUAUCCCUCCAAUGGAGGUUUGCCAACCUUCCUAACAAUGCCAAACUGGAGGUGGUGCCAAGUACAAGAAAACAGGUUACAUCCGAUGGCCAGGUGCGUAUUGCGCUCCAGAUGGAGGAUGGUUCUCGUCUCCAAGGCUCUUUUUCUUCUGGACAAAGUCUCUGGGAGUUGCUGACACAUUUUCCACAGAUCAGUUUGUCGCAAGCUGGAUCCACACCUGUGUGCGUUUACAUGAGAGAUGAGGUGUGUGGGGAGGAAGCUUUGAAGAAGGCCACCCUGAAAUCUCUCGGUCUCACAGGAGGGAAUGCAAUAGUCAGGUUUAUAAUUAAAAAAGAAAAACCAUCAGGAGAAAACGGGGAUGGAAAUGCAAACGUAGCUGUGCCAAUUCAACCUUGCACCAACAAAAUAUCACCUCUGUCAGCAUCUCAGCCAGAUCCUUCACCCAUAGUCAUUGAAACCGUGGAGCCGGUUAAAAAUGCAACUCCCAUUUGUCCAAUGGAAACCCUUCCAGAUCCAGAACCUGUUGCUGAUCAGGUCUGUGUCCCUCGAGAAGAGGUUCAAAAACAAGAGGAGGUAGUUCGGCAAAAAGUCUCUUCAGCUGAUAAAGAAGAGGAUGGAGAAAAGGCAGGGCCAUCAAGAGUUACAUCACAUCUGACCUCUUGCUCUGUUCCUGCUGCUGCGUUUGUUCCAUUUUCUGGAGGUGGUCAGCGCCUUGGGGGUUCUGCUGCAGAAGGACAUGUUUCCUCAUCGAUUUCAUCUCUCUCUUCUGUGGCGGAAUCUCCAAAACCCAAGAAAGCCAAACCAAACUACAGCACUGAAACCACGAAUCAAGCCACAAGCAUGAAUUCAGAUGAAGACAUGAAUAAGGAGGAUGGGUUUUUGGAGCCGGUGGAGAGGGAACCACUGAUAUACCACCUUGAAUCUGUGACCCACCGCUCUGAAGGCCAGACUGAUCUGCCUGACGAGUUUUUUGAAGUGACCAUGGAUGACGUUCGCAAGCGCUUUGCUCAGCUGAAGAGUGAGAGGAAGUUACUAGAGGAGGCCCCACUCAUGACCAAAAGUCUUAGGGAAGCCCAGAUGAAAGAAAAGAUGGAGCGGUAUCCUAAAGUGGUCCUCAGGGUCCAGUUUCCAGACAGACAUGUUCUCCAGGGCUUCUUCAGGCCGAUGGAGACAGUCGGUGCGCUGAGGCAUUUUGUGAAGAGCCACCUGGAGGAUCCGCGGCUCAACUUCUACUUGUUUAUCACGCCUCCAAAAACGGUUCUGAACGAAUCAUCAGUGACUCUUUUUCAGCUGGGCUUGAUUCUUCCCAGACUGGCACAUGGGGUUCAUACAGGCUGCGCUUUGAUCAUCGCACAUACACACGUGCACGUAUGGAGCGCCGCGCUGCCUUCCACAUCAGAGCGCGGCUCAUGCUGAGAUAGAUGAGACGUGAAACGUGUGAGAAACUCUUCUAUGGUUAGUUUGGUUGUUCAUCAUUCCCUACUGUGAUGCAGUCAUAGUGAAAAUAUUAGUCACCUGUUUCAGUAUUUCAAUCCUCUUUUCCCGUACAUACAGCAACUUACCAAAAAACAAAUAAGUUUUUAUAUAGAUUUAAUAUAAACACGCCACCUGGCGUCACUGGAGACAGGGAAUUAACCUGUGCAUUGAUGAUGCAUCUGCUCGUACAGCUGUUUGAGAAGAUAGCACCUGUUUUACAUGUCCCUUAAUGAACUCUGCUCGAUUUCCUGUGUGACCUUCUCUCUUCUCCGACUUAAGCUUUUCUCUCUUUUGAUCUUCUUCCCUUCUCCAGUUCCAUCAGCGUUACAGAUCUUUUGUCGGACCCUCCUGUGCCUUAGUUCACCACUAAAUCCUCUCCCAGCCACAUGCCUUCCUUCAUUGGGAACUUAAAAGCAUAAAACUGCACAAAAACAAAGUCUCUAAUCCCCUCAGUGUCACAGCGCACACUAAUCAGUCUAUAUUGUCCCACCGACACGUUUUUUUCCCUUCAUUUCUUUUGUCAAGUAAAUCCGUGUAUUACUUCUUUUCCUAGAAUGCUUUUAUCACUUGUCAGGGAAGGAAUGCUCCUCCAACCUGGCGGCUCUUCAGGCGCUCCCUCCCUCGUCUGUCUGCUCCUGUCUUCCAUCAGGGAACACUUCACCUCUGACUGUCUCCAUCAUUAUCCUUCCACCUCUGUUUUAACAACAGUACGUCACUCCAGAGAGACGCUAGCCCUCUUUACAAAUGUGUUUUCUCAAACCCAGCGCUCGUGUUUCUCCCUCCUGCCUAGGACUUAACAGCUGAGCUGAUCAAAGCGUUCGUCAUGCUUUUGAGAGUGAAGCGACACGCAGUGCUUCUUUGUUUCGUCCAAGCUUGUACUGUUUGUCUGCGGCAGAUCAGGAGGAGUUGGCACACCUGAGGUUCCGAUGGUUUCGGCCGACAAGUUAAACUGAAUUUGGACGCAGCGUGAUCAUUUGUGCCUGCGUCAGAACCGGGAGGUGCCGGUGAGAAAUCCCUUCCUGCCCAGUGGCAGCCGUGACUGAAGGCAUUACACACCAUACGUCUUCAUCGCCAGUUCUCAUGAGGGCAGCCGCUCAGGAACGCUUUGGUGCUGGCUUCAAACGUGCACCUGCUACCAUCCAGACCAUUCAGAGAUUGCAUUUCAGGGGUCAAAGGUUCUGAUAAUACACAUGAUUGUUGAGGAUAUUUGUUACGUCCUUUCUCUUUUAAAGUGAAUUGUUUCUUCAAUAUUUGAUGUUCAGCUGUAAUAAUGCUUUAAUUUGUUAAAGUGCUCGUGCAGGAUCUGUUCACAUCCCGAGCUGCGCUCUGUCUAUCUGAUGCUAAUUACAAGUUUGAUGGAAGGAGAAACUUCUCCCUCAAGUGUUUGGUUGAGGCUCAUUUUGUGGUCGACUUCAAAGCUCUGCUCUAAGUGCUUCAGGUCCCUGAGCAGUGCAGAGUCUUCUUAAAAGAACUUUAGUCUCUGGAGUUUAUGGCGCUUUGCACAAAUUGAAUAACAUGAAUUGUAAGCUUCUGCUGG